AUGAUGAUCAGUGCAAAGAGAAGGAGCUCAUCAACAGGGAGGUCGAGUCCAGGCGUGUGGAAGUUGUGACUUCGUCCCAGCCAGUCAGAGCCAACCAUAUCGCCUGGGGUGAAGAUGCUCACUGUCAGCAGCCUCAUCACCCUCCUUCCCACCCACCACCUUCUCUCCCACCUCCUCAAGUGCCCUUUGCUGUCAUCCCCAUGGUUCCAGUUGUCAAUGCGACGCCGUCUGUCCCACCACCGCUUCCACUUUCAACGCCGAUUGCUGCGGCGGCAACGUCGCUCAACAGUCCCCCGCCUCUUAAGAAAGAGAACGUUUCCUCCCCAUCUCAGCCGCAGACAGCAUCUCCUCAUUUGAUGACCUCUCCACAGAUCAAAGUAGAGCCCACUCAGCAGCUGAUCGAUGUCAAGCCCAGCCUGUCGCAGCCUCAGGUUCAGAUUCAGUACCCAGCAUCCAUCAGUGCAAAUAGCUCAGGCUCUCAUCAUGCACUGGUACCCCAUCAAACUCCACCGAUGUCUCAGCCACAACCUAAUGGAGUGAUGAUAGAGGACAUGAGGGGGAUGGAGGGGAAGAGGAGACCAGGCGGUGCGGGGACCAGAGAAGUGCACAAUAAACUGGAAAAGAACAGGAGAGCACAUCUCAAAGAAUGUUUCGAAACACUAAAGAAGAACAUUCCAAACGUUGAUGAGAAGAAAACCUCCAACCUCAGCGUUUUACGCAGUGCGCUGCGUUACAUACAGAAGGAGAAGAUAACUUUGAGCAGGACGUAGACGAUGAAGCUCCUGCUCCUCCUGUCUCCACGUCCCUCCCCAAACCAGCACCCACCAUUAUACAAGCUCAGCCCCUCCUCACCUCACACAUAUCAAUCCAGCAUGCUGCACUGCCUCUUUCUGGAGUCCUCACCGCCCCUCCCCCCUCCUGUCCUCUCCCUCCUCAAGCCAUCGCCCCUGCUCCUCCGCCGGGUCCGCCCCCUCCCGCGCCGCCCCCGCCGCACCACAUUCAGCGUCCAGCUGUGCAGGUCCAGCCUACUGUCAUUGCCCACGCCGCUGUGUCACACCCAUCAGUAAUCCAGGCUGUCAAUCACUCCCUACCAGCCAAUCACAAACACCUAACACACAUCGCCCCCUCACCCGGCCCCGCCUCUUCACACCCCCAGCCAAUUGUAGCGGCAGCCAGCCCCGCCACCCACCAACAAAUAGCAGCUCAGCCCAUCGGACACAUCACUGUCCACCCGGUGGCUCACCUGACCUCCCACCUCCCGACUCUUUACCCCCAGGGAGGGGCCGUGUCCCAGCCCACCAUGGUGGGCCACAUCACUCACACGUUCACACACCACCCCUUGUCUCACGUCCAGGCCGGUCCUCAAGCCAACACUACCGGAGCCCAGGUGAACAGCGCGGCCGUGGUGAGCCAUGGGAGCCCGUCACUAGGAAAACCCACAGCCGUGCUGGCCCCCCACCCCCAACUGGUUGGACAGGCUACUGUCCUCAAUCCCGUCACCAUGGUGACAGUCCCCACCUUCCCCGUCAGCACGCUCAAACUGGCCUAAAAGCAAAAAGAUGAGCUUGGUAAACAGAUGAACUCCUGGGUCAGUCCUCGGUAACGAACGGCGGAGAAUCUGUGACAGAAAAAGACUUCGGCUCGUUUUAAACGUUUUGCAACGGAUAUCUCGCGGGACAUUGUAGUCACGGCUCUGCUGAUUCAUGAACAGCAACGCUGAUGCAGACUCUGUGGUUCAGGACAUGGUGAAAAUGAGACCGUGAUGUUUGGCUUCGCUGCACAGACGGGAACUCUGCUCGACCUUCUCUUCCUUUCCUCUCUUUCCCCAGCAGCACCAACAGAAUAAUCUCAGCUCACACUCAGGCGUCAUGGAUUCCCUUCAGUCACUCGUUCAGUUAUUUAGCCAAACACGUGUGGUCCAUACGUCUCACCGUCACCGUAGCGAUGGGUGCAGGAAGACCAUGUGUAGGAGACCCGUCACUGACGUUUAGCAGGGAGUUCAGCGGUUCCGCUCAUUUUAACAAACUUAAACACGUGUGUGUGUGUGAUCACAUGUGAAACAGAUCAGAUCACUAAAGCGAAAGUAAACUUUUAUUUUACACCGCGUCAAGAUAUAUUUCCUUAAACAUUCUGGCUUCAAUUGAAUUACAUUUUGCUGAUGAACUUCUAUUUGCAGGGAGAAAAAAAAAAUUGUGCUCCCUCUGAAACGGGAUAAAACACAAGAUAUGAAGCUUUUUGUGCAGCAAUUACUUUUCAUAAAACAGAUUUGUUUCCAGUCAGUGGAAGAAAAAAACAACAACUCUGGAAUUAAACAAAUAAAUUGGGCAAACAUUUAUCCGUCACUUCAAAC